AUGGCCUCAAUUCCCACCCACUCACCCCAUUCCUCAGCUCUGGCCCCGGGAAGCGCUGCAACGACGGCCGCCUCAACACCCCCGCGGAAACAGGCAUUGUACUCCUCGGAGACCUCCUCGAAUCUGAUCGUCUCGGACUCUCCCGUCCACUAUUCAUCUUUCUCCAGCUCCGACAGCGACGAACCACUCCCGCACUCGACCGAGGUCACCGAUGAAGAUGUCGCCGGCGACGUUGUGGGGGUUAGCAUCGGGCGCGAGCAGAGCCGCAUGAAGGCCCGAGCGACCCCCAUGGAAGAGAAGAAUCGGGUGCUGGAACACCAGGGGUCAUAUUUCACGACUAUACCGGAUCAUAUAGGCGAGGAUGGUCUGUUUGCGUCGGAAAUCACAGCCGAGCCAGAGUCAGUGGAGCCCCCGGUCGAAAAUGCACCAUCACCAUCACCAUCACCGCGCGAACGAAGGUCCGGACAUAAGCCUAGGGCAUCAUACCCCUCCGCGCAGUAUAAAGAGCCCGAGCCCGGACACCUUGCGCAUGGCCCCCGCAGCGAUCUGUUUGCUGCGGCUCCUGAAAAACCCGGGUCGAAAGAUACAACCGUGAGUCAGCGGUCUGGCUUUGUCGGGGCCUUACUGAAGAACUCAUUGCCUCGGCGACCGCGCGCCUGGUCUGGCGAGCUGAAGAGAUUCCUGCCUGACCUGACCUCUUUGAGGAAACGGCCUUCUCUCCCGUUUCGUGGCCCCAAUGGUCAAAACCGAGUCCGCAGCCAAACAGUAGCCCCCGCAGCUGAAGACAAUUCGGGAUUGCCGAAAAGAACUUCAUCGCUGGUCCUGCCUUCGCCACCGUCACCUCUUGAACCAAGCGGCUCUAGCAUUGACGAUGACGCAGAAGCCGCUCAGCCGAUACCUGAGCUGCGCUCACCAGAUGAAACCUCGGCCGCAAAACAUUCCUUCAUAAGGAGGCCUAGUUCAGCGAUGCCCGGUCGACCGCCAAGUUUGCGGAGGUCCUCGUCGGAUCAAUCGCUGUAUCUGCGUGCGUCGUCAACGGCUUCUUCCCUAGAGCAGCGACCAUUGUAUGAGAAUGUACAUUCUCAGGUAAACAGUCGGUUCAAGGCAAUCAAGGAUAGUCUCCAAGACUCGAGUAGCAGGCUGCUCAGCAUGCCUAAUCUCCAUCUGCAGGAUAUCCGCAAUGACUGGGGCUCUCGUCCGUUCUUGCUAGAGCUUGGGAAUGGUUCAUCAAGUAACAGCAACGGUGUGUGCGGUACUACCAAAGCGGAACAAGCACCGCGGGCUGCGACCCCGCCGGUAACUCCGCGGAACAAUUCCAACAUAACACAUCCAAUCUUGGAAGAAGCAAUGGCAGAUCUCACGGGCGAUGUCGUGAUUCUAGGAGGCUACCGAGGAUCAAUCCUCCGGUCUGCUAAGCCACCCCAUCGUCAACUUUGGGUGCCGAUGAAGGUCGGCCUGAAUCUGCGGAAAGUGGACUUGGAGGUCGGUCUAAACCCGGAGGACGAGGAACGCAUGGAGGAGACAAUCAUUCCAUCUGGGGUUCUCUCCCACGUCGGCCCGGUGGAUGUCUGUCGACGGUUGAUGAAGCGUUUGCGCAAGAGCGAAAAUGCCCUGCGUGGUGAUUUGCGCGUCCACGAUUACGGAUAUGACUGGCGUCUAAGCCCCGAGCUGCUCUCGCGCAGGCUCAUUGCCUUCCUAGAGAGUCUGCCAUGCAACCAGGAGCCUUCACCGGGGGAGCCCCGACGCGGCGCCACAGUCAUCGCGCACAGCCUGGGCGGUCUUAUAACCCGACACGCCGUCAACGAGCGACCUGAUCUUUUCGCCGGAGUCGUGUACGCAGGCGUACCACAGCACUGCGUGAAUAUCCUCGGACCACUCCGCAGCGGCGACGACGUCCUCCUCAGUUCCCGCGUGCUAACAGCCCAAGUAAACUUCACCUUCCGCACGAGCUUCGCCCUCCUCCCAGAAGACGGACACUGCUUCAUCGACAAGCGAAGCAAAAAAGAAUUCCGCAUCGACUUCUUCGACCCCAAAACCUGGGAAGACCACCGUCUCUCUCCUUGCCUAGGUCCAGCUCUCCCCGCACCGCCAACCCCAACCACCCUGGGCUUCAAAGACAUCCCCAUAAUCGGCAAGCGCUUCUCCAUGGGUCCGCGCGACGACUCCGACGAACUCCACACCCAAGACCUACACAACCUCCCGCAAGACGGACACUACAUCGCAACAGACAACACACCACAAAACCCAGCUUCAUACGCCGCAUACGCAGCGGAAAAGGCCGGAAACCCGGCCGACGGGUUAGUCGGACCGGGCGCACAACCGCGCAGCAGCGCCACAACCUCCAAAAUCGCCACGACGAGCACCAUCCCGCGCGCCGCGGCGAGGGAGUACCUGCAGCGCACGUUGGAAGACACGAAGCGGUUCAAGGCGAACCUGGCGUUCCGGCCGACACACCAUUCCGAAAACAGAUACCCGCCUGCGGCGGUGCUAUACGGGAAGACGUUGCCGACUGUGUACGGGGCGCGGGUUGUGUCGCGUGAGAGUAUUAAGCAGGUUGAUGCGUAUGAUGAUCUUGCAUUCGCGGCUGGGGAUGGGGUUUGUCUUGCUUCGGCUGCUAUGUUGCCGCCUGGGUAUAGGAUCAUUAAGGAUGGGUUGGUGAAGAGUGAUCGGGGGCAUGUUGGGUUGCUCGGGGAUCUUGAGGGGGUUGGGCAGUGUCUUAGGGCUAUUCAUCGGGGGAGAAAGGAGGGGGUUGGAUUGGGGGAGAAGGAAAUAUGA